CUCCAGUCCAGUGACAGUGUGUUUCCGUGCAGCGAGCACAUCCACAGCCUGACAGAUGCAGCAGCAGAACGACGACAUGGAGGUACCUUUACUUAAUGAUUCUAACAGUAACAGACAGAAGUCUCAGGCUCAAGAGAGAGAUGGGUUCAGCCAUCAGCAGAAGGAUUCGGAGGGGUCCAUGGAGUCCCCGAACCUGGAGUUUGAAUAUGGGGACACGGAUAGCUUCACUGCAGAACUCUCAGAGCUGUACAGCUACACAGAGGAGCCAGAGUUCAGUCUAAACAGGGAUUACUUUGAGGAAGACUUCAAGAAUCAUGUGAAAGGUCGGAGGUGGAUGGAGUUGAGUAUGGAGGAGCAGAGGGCGUAUGUCAUGAGACUGCUGGACGCUCUGGAGGUCACCGAUCGAGACAAGAGGCUCAAAGUAGCCCGAGCUAUCCUCUAUUUGGCACAAGGUGUGUUUGAUGAGUGUGACACAGAAGCUGACGUCCUCUACUGGUCGCGACACAACGUCUUCCUCCUCUACGACAUGGGCAUCUUCACGGCUCUGCUGGAGCUCCUCAGCAUGGAGAUAGAUAAUAACCAGGCCUGCAGCAGUGCAGUGAGAAAACCAGCCAUUUCUCUGGCAGACAGCACUGAACUCAGGGUUCUUCUGAGCAUCAUGUAUCUGAUGGUUGAGACCAUUCGUGUGGAAAUGGAGGGUGACAGUCCUGAAAGGAAGGCAACCAGAGAGGCCUUCAAAACAGAGUUGGGUUCACCCCUUUAUAACGGAGAGCCCUUUGCCCUCCUCCUCUUCACCAUGGUAACCAAGUUCUGCAGCAUGAAUGCGCCCCAUUUCCCCAUGAAGAAAGUGCUGCUCUUACUGUGGAAGACCAUACUGUUCACUCUGGGAGGUUUCGAGGAGCUGCUGGAGAUGAAGGUGAGAACGAGAGAUCAUUUGAACCUGCCACCGCUCCCUGAAGACAGCAUCAAGGUGGUGCGAAACAUGCGGGCCGCCUCUCCUCCAGCCUCGGCCAUGGAGCUCAUCGAGCAGCAGCAGCAGCAGAAGAGAGGACGCAGGAGCCGUCGGAGUGCCUUUGUUGAUAGCUUGGAAGGAGACAGUCCGUAUGCCAAGAAACAGCCCCUGGUCAAGCAGGACAGCCUAGACACUUACAACGAACGGGACCCUUUCAAAAACGAUGAUGCGCGAGAUGAGGAAGAUGACCCAGAGGAUGUGGACAGUGGCAUCGAGGGAGAGGUCGACCCUCUCGACAGAGAUGUUAUUAUCCAACCACCACCUCCACCACCACCACUCCGGCCGCCAACGGAGAGAGUGUCCUUCCCCAAGGGACUGCCAUGGGCUCCCAAAGUCAGGGAGAAAGACAUCGAGCACUUUCUGGAGACCAGCAGAAAUAAAUUUAUCGGCUUUACCUUGGGAAAUGACACUGACACUUUGGUUGGGCUACCCAGGCCCAUACAUGAGAGUGUAAAGACUUUGAAACAGCACAAGUAUGUCUCCAUAGCGGAGGUCCAGAUCAAGAGAGAGGAGGAGCUGCAGCAGUGUCCCAUGACUAUGGGGGAGGAGGAAGUGGAAGAAACACCUGCAGAGAUUCUAUAUUUGGGAAUGUUGCCUAGUCUCUCUCAGUAUGUAAUUGCUCUAUUGAAGCUCCUUCUGGCUGCAGCUCCAACCUCCAAAGCAAAGACAGACUCUAUCAACAUCCUAGCCGACGUUCUGCCGGAGGAGAUGCCAAUCACCGUCCUCCAGAGCAUGAAGCUGGGCAUUGAUGUGAACAGACACAAGGAGAUUAUCGUCAAAGCGAUUUCAGCUCUUCUGCUACUGCUGCUCAAACACUUCAAACUCAACCACAUAUAUCAGUUUGAAUAUGUGGCUCAGCACCUGGUGUUUGCCAACUGCAUCCCGCUCAUCCUCAAAUUCUUCAACCAGAACAUUAUGUCUUACAUCAGUGCCAAAAACAGCAUUUGUGCCCUGGAUUACCCUCAUUGUGUGGUUCAUGAAAUGCCUGAACUCACUGCUGAAAGCCUGGAAGCUGGUGACAGUAAUCAGUUUUGCUGGCGUAAUCUCUUCUCCUGCAUCAAUUUACUAAGGAUCCUAAACAAAAUUACCAAGUGGAAACACUCAAGAACUAUGAUGCUUGUGGUGUUCAAGUCUGCUCCCAUCCUGAAGAGGGCGCUCAAGGUAAAACAGGCCAUGAUGCAGCUCUACGUCCUCAAACUCCUCAAGAUACAGACCAAGUAUCUGGGCCGCCAGUGGAGAAAGAGUAACAUGAAAACCAUGUCUGCCAUCUACCAGAAAGUCAGACAUCGUCUCAAUGACGACUGGGCAUAUGGAAAUGAUAUCGAUGCUCGGCCGUGGGAUUUCCAGGCAGAGGAGUGUGCACUACGCGAGAGCAUCGAGAAAUUCAAUGCACGUCGUUACGAUAAGAAUCAGAACAGUGAUUUUACACCAGUAGACAACUGCCUCCAAAGCGUUUUAGGACAGCGUGUCGACUUGCCCGAAGACUUCCAUUACAGCUAUGAGAUGUGGCUUGAAAGAGAGGUUUUCUCCCAACCUAUUCAGUGGGAAGGUCUGCUACAAGCCCAGUGAUCCUGCUGUGAUUAUUAUGGGACUUCUGCUUCUUAGUAAACCGACACAAUUGCUGUGGGAUCACACACAUACUCCAAGCACAGAGCGUCUGCCGUUCUUGUUCUGUAAUGAAUUCUUGUAAGUAGAUAUGAAUAUGGAAUGGUGGUCUUCCUUAUUAUGUGUAAAAGCAUCUGGUGCUUUGGGUAAAAAAAAAAAUACAUAUAUAUAUCUGUAUAUGGAAUUAAAGAAUGAUAUAUCUUCUUUAAUAACUGAAGCACACUUUAUGUAUAAUAACUGCAGAAUACAGUAUUCUAACAUGCAUACUAUUCUGAAAUGAUCAAGAUUUAUUUAUAUGGUCACUCACUGUGUAAAUGUUUAAUAUUUAUGUAAAUAUGAACACUUCAUGAGGUUGUGAGGUACCACCUGAGGCAGGGUCUUUCUAAAAAAGUGGUUGUGUCGAACUGAUGUGUCAAAAAAUCUUGUAUUUAUUUUUCCCUGUAGCAUCAUGUGUUAAACAGGAGGGUGUCUAGUUCUGCAGAAAGCUGCGAGUCACCAGUUUUUGUCCCCACGUAGCACUUCACUUCACACAAAAGAGCCCUGAGCAGCACAAUACACACAUUCAAAGUGGCCUUGGUGACCGUCACGUCACCCACACGAAGCAUGUCGCUCACUAAAUGGUGCUGUUUUUUUACACUUAUUUUAUCUCCUUGUUAACUGCAUCCUUCUCUUCAGAAAUUAUAUGGUCUUGCAAAGCAAUGUAUGACAUAUUUGUGCUCUCUCCAUCUAAACAGUGCACCUCACUGUUCACUCGUGCUUGUUUUACAGGGUUUGUCUUGCAAUAUAAUUUCUUAUUUUUUUAUAUUCUCAUGGUUUUGUACUAAAUUAAGGUGCUGUGUAAAUUGAACUACCUAUAUGAUCCAUGCCAAAUACAGCACCAUCACUUAAUUUUUUUUAUAUGUUUACUGAUUUAUUGUACAGACUGCACUGUAAGUGAAUGUGGAAAAUUGAUGUAAGUUGAGUCUUUAAUAAAUUAUAAAGAGAGUUGAUGAGCAUAA